AUGCAUGUUGACUUUACACAAUAUAUACUUACAAAUCCUUCAAUUUAUUCAAUCUCAAACUAACCUACCGUUUCCUCAAUCACUUAUACGCGCAUAUUUGUAUAUAUAUAUACACACACACACAGACAUGAACCAAUCCCAUUAAACACAUUCAAGACAAUGGCUUCUAAGUUCCUUAUCUCUUCUUUCACCAUACUUGUGGUUCUCACAUUACUUUCAUUCUUGUCUUGUGUGUCUUGUGCUGAUGUUCGUCCGGGCAAUCCUAUAUCGUCCGGGACCAUUUGCCAGUCCACUCCUUAUCCUGCCUUCUGCAAAUCUAUGCUCCCCAACAAUAACUCCGCCAAUGUUUAUGACUAUGGCCGGUUUUCUGUCCGGAAGUCCAUAUCAUCUGCUCGAUUUUUUUUGUCACUAAUCGAAAGGAUUCUUAGCCGUCCCUCUUCUUUGACAAAUGGUGUCAUUCAAGCUCUCAACGAUUGCCAAUUUCUAGCUGCCCUUAACAUCGAUUUUCUGUUAAGUUCCUUUCAAACUGUGGAUACUACUUCCACAAUUCUCCCUCCCUUGAAAGCCGACGAUGUCCAAACUCUGCUUAGUGCUAUUUUAACCAACUCACAGACUUGUUUGGAUGGCCUUCAAGCUACAGCCUCGGCUUGGAGUGUCAAGAGCGGUCUUUCCAUGCCACUUGCUAAUGACACAAAGCUGAAUAGUGUUUCUUUAGCUCUCUUCACCAAAGGGUGGGUUCCCAAGAAUAAAAAGGGGAUGACAUGGAAGCCUAAUAAGAAGCAAUUAGCAUUGACGUCAAAUGGUGGCUUUUCUUUUAAAAUGUCUAGCCGACACCAGGCCAUAUUCGAGGCUGUGGGCCGAAGGAAACUUCUUCCGACAGUUGGUGAUCAGGUUCUGGUGAGUGACAUCGUGACCGUGAGCCAAGAUGGAAGUGGAAAUUUCACCACCAUCAAUGAUGCAGUGGCUGCAGCUCCAAACAACACUGAUGGAACCAAUGGCUACUUUUUGGUGUAUAUAACAGCCGGUGUCUAUGAAGAAUACGUGUCCAUUGCUAAGAAGAAGAAGUAUUUGAUGCUGAUCGGUGACGGGAUCAAUCAGACGGUGAUCACUGGCAAUCGUAGUGUUGUUGAUGGGUGGACUACAUUCAAUUCUGCAACAUUUGUUGUAACCGCACCAGGAUUUGUGGCAGUGGACAUAACAUUCCGAAACACAGCUGGGGGAAUCAAGCACCAGGCGGUUGCUGUAAGAAAUGGGGCGGAUUUGUCUACAUUUUAUAGGUGCAGUUUUGAAGCGUACCAAGAUACAUUAUAUGUACAUUCACUUAGACAAUUUUAUAGAGAAUGCGACAUAUAUGGGAGUGUAGAUUAUAUAUUUGGUAACGCUGCUGUUGUGUUCCAAAAUUGCAACUUGUAUCCCCGGCUGCCACUUUCUGGACAGUUCAAUGCCAUCACUGCCCAAGGCAGAACAGACCCGAACCAGAACACCGGCAUUUCAAUACAAAAUUGCACCAUCAAAGCAGCCGACGAUUUGGCUUCAAGCAACAGCACUACCCAGACGUAUCUAGGAAGGCCGUGGAAGGAAUAUUCAAGGACUAUUUAUUUGCAAUCUUUCAUGGACAGCGUGAUAAAUCCUGUGGGUUGGCACGAAUGGUCAGGUGAUUUUGCACUAAACACCUCAUACUAUGCCGAGUACGGUAACACGGGGCCUGGAUCAGACACUAGUGGUAGAGUGACAUGGUCUGGUUUCCACAUUAUUAAUAAUGUGGAGGACGUUGUUGAUUUCACCGUGACUAACUUUAUAGUUGGGGAUAGUUGGUUACCUCAGACCGGAGUACCUUACAGCACUGGUGGAGUAUAAUGAGCAGCAGCGCCACGCCACCACAUUGUGUUGAAAUUAUCAUUUCAUCCAUGUUAUUGAUUCUUGUAGUUGUUUUAGUGAAUUAAAUAAGCAUGUAAAGCCCAAGCUGCACCAAAAGUUAACUAGCUUAUUUCAUCCUUGUGCUCAAGAACACCCGUUCCAACUUUAUCUUAAUAAAAAUCUCUCUAGCAAAUCAUG